UGGUGGUGCAAUUUUAAACAAAAGUCAACAAAAAUAAACAGACGAAAAUAAUAAUUCAUUAAUUUUCUCUGUUUGCAAUUUUUUUUUUCAACAAAAAAAAAAACAAUAUUCCUUUUUUAGUUAAAAUUUUUUAGUAAUCUAGCAACAAAUAAAAACAAUUUACCAAACACCCAAAUGCACAAUGGAUCCCAAGGGUGAUGAUUCCGGCAGUGAUACUCUUGAUCAGUCCUUGCAGAAAAAAUGCGUGGUCGCCGACGAUGACAGUUCAUCAUCAAAGAAACAGCCGGAUGCAGCAGUGAGCGAAAAGAAUGCUGCAGACGCCCCAACCACCGAGCCCGGAGGAAUCAAUAUGUCUGACCCCAAAGAUUCACCAGCAUCACCAUCGCCACCACCACCAGCAGCACCGCCACAACAGCAGCCCUCACCGCCGACAGUAAUUCCUUCAGAAAACAACUUUUUAGUCGACGGCGGCGGCGGCGAAUCUGCCACUGCCAUCGUCGCGGUCGUUAGUGGCGACGACGCCAAUGAUGCGUCGUUAGUUGUGAAAGACAACAAAGAUCUGACCGAGACAACGACGAGUAGCAGCAACUCCUCGAAAGACGACUCGCGGGGCUUCGAGUCCAAGGUCAGACAGAUCUCAGACGAUCUCAAGGACACCACACUCGCCGACGAGAAUAGUUUAGAAAAAGCCGAAGGCCAACAAAAUGAUUCGUCAUCAGUGUCAGCGUCAGGAACAAAAGAAGAAAAACCACCCGUUGCAGAAGAGGCUGCUGGUUCGGCAGCGUCGACGUGUGUAGACAUCAAGAACGACAGCGAUGGCUACGAUUCAGAUAGGACCAUAACUUACGAAUCCCCAUCGAAGAAGUCCUCGAGUUCGUCGUCCGACAAAAAGAAAUUAAAGAAAAUUACGAAAAAAGUUCGGUUUAAGUACAAUCAGCAUGGUAAGAUGUGCCCCGACGAGGGCGACGACGAAGACGACGAUGACGAAGAUACUCUAAACGAAGGCGGCCGAAGUAAAAGCAUACUAGAUCCCUCACAGUUCCCGUUGUCCUUUGAAUCGCCACACGACGAGGACGAUGACAUUUUGAACGAAGAUGCAAGUGCCCAACAGCUCGCUGGCGAAGCCGAAACGGCAGAGGACCCACCUCCAGAGGGCGGAGUCCAGAGUAUUCUGGGAAAGGUCUCUCAAAUGGGCAAGAUUGAAUAUCUCUUCCGAUGGGUUGAUAAGCUUGGCGUUCAUUGGGAAAACGAGGAAGUGCUCAAAGAAAUUUGUCCAAAUUUAAUCAAACUAUACGAAGAGCAACGUGCUAAGGAACGUGAACAAGAUAUGCAUUUUGCAGUUCGUCGUAAAAAAACUCGCCAGGGUCUUAGGAAUGUUUAAAUAUUUAUAUAUAUAUAUUUUUUUUUCUAAAAAUCAACUAAAAAAUAAUCUAUUUUUGUUUAUAAAACAAUUCCGGAUAAUUCCAAAAGCUACUAAACAUAACUCCGGUUCUCUUUCAAGCAAAAUAAGAAAAACAAAACAAAACAAAAACAAAUUACAGCUGCGCUAUAAAAGCAAACAAAAUAAAUAAGAAACAGAUAAAGAAGAAGAAAUAUAGAAAAACAAAAAAAAAAACAAACUGAUAUGCAAAACAAAUUAAACAACAAAAUAAAAUAAUAACAAUUAUAAGCGAAAUGUAAACGAAGAAUGAAAGUGAGGGGAAAAAAAGCUUGUGUUAUCGGUAGACUAAGUUUGUUUAGUACUUUAAGAAUAUUUCUAAACAAAUAUAGUUUUUAAUAAAACAAAAACGAACAAAAAAACACA